AUGGGAAGCUUGUUACGGUUCAAAGAUACCGUACAGCAGUGGCAGAAUGUUUUGGACAGUGAGAUAUGGCAAUUGGAGGAAGCAGCCGUGGAACUUUUCCCUCAUUUGUAUUUAAGCUAUAACGAGUUGUCCCCGGAGCUGAAACGUUGCUUCUCAUAUUGUGCUGUCUGGCCCAAAGAUUGUGUGAUAAAUGUAGAAGACCUUAUUAGGCUGUGGAUAGCACAAGGUUAUGUUCGCCCAGGACGAAGAGGUGAGCGCUUGGAGCUGGUGGGCCGUGAGUACUUCAACAAUUUGGCGAUGCGUUCCUUUUUUCAAAAUUUAGGAAAAUAUGGUCAUGAAUAUGGCGAGUGCAAGAUGCAUGACAUAGUGCAUGAUUUUGCACAAUUUCUCACAAAAAAUGAAUGUCAUACACUUGAUGGAAUUGGAAGAAAUUCAUCUAGUGAAAGACCACGUCAUCUAACAAUUUGGGAAGAAGGCACUGAGGAGGAGAUGUUUAGUUCUCCAGUCGUUGAUUUUGGAAGGCUCAGGAGCUUUUUUGCUUUUGGUCGAAUUGGAAGAGUAAUAGUUCCCCAAAAUCUGUUUUGCAGUUUGAAGUGCGCGAGGACUCUGGCUUUAAGUGGUUGUGGGCUAGCUGAAAUCCCAACCGAGAUCGGAAGGUUGAUUCAUCUUCGGCACUUGGACUUAAGUGAUAAUCCUUUCAUUACAAUGCCAGAAGCUAUAUGUGAUCUAUAUUAUCUGGAAACUUUGAAUAUCAGUUUUUGUGGAAAGCUUUCGUGCCUACCUGAAAGGAUUGAUGACCUUGUACACUUGAGGCACCUUCAGAAUGUCGCGACCGAUGAAUUACGUCAAAUUCCACAAGGACUUGGGAAGCUGACGUCACUCUGUAGUUUGACUCAAUUCAUCGCUAGAUGCAACUCUGAUGAUUUGGCAAUUCUGAAGGACCUGAACCAAUUGGAAAUAUUGAACCUUGAAAUUGAAGGAGAAGUAGAUUUUGGGAGUGCGGAACUUGGCAAGAAAGUCAACAUGCGUGACAUGUCUUUGCUCUCUAGAUUCGAGGCCCACUUUAUAGAAACUCCAAGUUGCAUUGAAACCAUGGAACCACCUCCAAACUUGGAAAAACUUGAGCUAGAUGGCUAUCCAGGAGCCCAGUUACCAAGUUGGCUUGUGACGAAGUCUCACGCCGAUAACUUGACAAGGCUAGUUAUUGCUAGGGCCCGCAACAUCUCAUCCUUGCCUGCCUUGUGGAAGCUAUCAUCCCUAGAAGUGCUUGUGCUCGAGGAAGCGGAAAAGCUAGAAUGUUUGGGUAAGGAAUUCUUCGGAGUUACAAAAGCACUACAUGAGAAUAGUCGUGAUGCUCUUGAUACAUUGUCAGACUCCGAGUCAUCAUUCUCAGCUGAAGCAGUGGCAUUUCCAAAUUUGAGAAAAUUAUAUUUUCGCCGCUUCAAAAUUGGACAAAUUGGGAAGACUUAA